UCUGCCCUUGACUGACCCACGUGAGUCAGUUAGCUUCCUGGCUUCAUGCUAAACUGGUAACCAACUACAGUAACUGGCUAAAUUCAGAGGAGCACAAAGCUCUGACCGUCAGAUACCUGCUCACCUCCGCCCACAGACUUCCGCUCUGAGGCGGGCGUUAGCCUAAAAUGUCCCGUAACUGUAGGUCUCUGUUGUUUUUGCUGCAGCGGUGUGUCGCAGCCAGGCAGGUAACGUUACCGGUAGGCGUCACAACAAGAGGCGGCGUGCUGUCAGGCAGAUGCGGCUUCAUUCAGCAGCGAACGUGGACAUCAGCGGCCCGGACCGGCUGUGUGCAGAGACUCUGCCAGCUUCGGUCCGCGGUGGAAACCAGCCGGUUCAGCCUCUGCACCAAGGCAGGAUGUGAGGACGAGUACCCGCCGCUGCCGGCCUACCAGUCUGAAUCAGAACCAGAGAAGAAGGAGGUGUACAUAGUGCUGGUGAAAGGUCUCCCGUGGUCCUGCACGGCUCAGGACCUCCUGCAGUUCUUUUCCGAGUGCCGGAUCCGUGACGGGGUGAAGGGGAUCCACCUCACUGUGGACAGACAUGGGAGGGCGUCGGGACGAGCCUUCAUCGAGAUGGAGCAUGAGGCGGACGUCAGCAAGGCUCUGGAGAAGCACCGACAGUACCUCGGCCCACGAUACGUCGAAGUGUAUGAAGUGACAGACAAUGAUGCUGAAACCAUCCUGAAAAAAGCCAUCCGGCCUCCCGCUGAUACCUGGGUGGUGCGGCUCAGAGGCCUCCCCUUCACCUGCACUGAGGCCGACAUCGUCCAGUUUUUUUCAGGGUUGGAUAUCACGGAGAAUGGGAUCAUCAUCGUCACAGACCACAGAGGAAGGAAUUCGGGGGAGGCCUUUGUGCAGUUUUCCUCCCGGGAAGCAGCUGACAAAGCUCUACAGAGAGACAGAGAGAUCAUAGGAAACCGGUACAUCGAGGUGUUUCCCAGCAGGAGUGAAGAGAUUUAUUCUAACUGGAGGAGGAAGACGAGUUCAGCGUCUCCUCAGAGCAGCUUUCAGCCAGCGAACAGGACUGUCUCUGCCUCACAAACCAACUCCAGAACUGUGCAAAGUGAUGUAUCUGCUCCAUCAGGAUUCGCUCAGAGCUUAGCUGUGACGGUUCAUUACAUCCACAUGAGAGGUCUUCCUUUCCAGGUGUCUGGGGAAGAUAUUGUGAAGUUCUUCUCUCCUUUAGCCGUGUCCAAGAUCCUGAUUGAAUGCGGUCCUGAUGGAAGGCCGAGCGGCGAGGCCGACGUUUACUUCAGCUGCCACCAGGACGCCGCGGUCGCCAUGUCCAAAGACAGGCAGUAUAUAGGAGAAAGAUACGUGGAGUUAUUCUUGAACUCUGUAUCAGAGUGAUGGGAGGUGAAGGCUGACACUUGGAUGCCAAACUCACACAUUGGGCUCUUGUAUUUAUUUUCCAGCCUGACAAACAAUAAACAUUACCAGUUACAACCUGAA